GUAUGUACAUUGAACAUUGUAAUUACAUACAUAUCACAAACCGUCUUUCUUGGGUUCACGCAGAAAAGUUAGUACAUAGAUCGUUGUAGUGCUACCGUUCCGUUCUUUGGAUAUCAUUGAAACAUCGUCUUCAACCGAAUACUUUCAAACACGUUACGAACGAUGGAUCAUCAGAUGUUUAAAAUAUACAAUCAGGAAGACUUUAACAGAAUCACAAAGGGUAUCAAAGUUGCACAAUGCAUGCAAUCACGAUCGUCAUCCGUUUCAGAAUGCGAGAAAGUGUUGAAUCAACUCGAUGAUCUAGUCGUAUCGGAUUCAUUGAGUUGUUCGUUCUGUAAUACCGUAUUCGAAGAUAAAGCACAGCAGAGAUCUCACUACAAAUUAGAUUGGCAUAGAUAUAAUUUAAAGCAGCGUUUGAACGGACUGAAACCGAUUAAUGAAGAAAAAUUUGGUCUAUUAGCUGAUGAAGGCGAUGUUUCAAGUCUGUCUGGGAGUGAUAUAGAAACUGAGAACGAAGAUGACAUCUAUAUUUCUGAGGCAGGAAGUUCUGUUAACGGAAACUGUGAGAGCAAAAACAAUGUUGGCAAGACUAAGAAAGUUGAGAAGAAAGGAAAGGGUGUAGAAUCAAUUUCUGAUAGUUCUGAUACAGAAUGUUGCGAUGAUACAAUAAAAGAGAAAAAAAUCGAAGCUUUAUUGGCCACCGCAAGUCGUCAUUCUAAAGUCUUUUUUGAGAAUGACGAUGGGAAUAUAUUUAGUAUAUACAGGUGUUUGCUACACCAUAAGAAGGAAAUUCCUGAGGUAGACAAUGAGAUGAUAGCUCAAGCAUUAGACAGUGGAAGAAAGACAAUAUGGACUGUUAUCAUGAUUGGUGGAGGACAUUUCGCCGCGGCUGUGUUCCAUGAUGGAGAACCUGUAGUCCACAAAACAUUUCAUUCCUACACUGUGCGAGCAAAGCAAGGAUUUGCCCAGAGUUCGCGUACAACGACUAAUCAUCAAAAGAGUGCUGGAGCUAGCUUACGUCGAUACAACGAAGCGGCUCUCCUCCAGCAUGUGCAAGACAUUCUUGAAUCAUGGUCGUCGCAUAUUACCAGUUCCUCCCUGAUUCUCUACAGAGCGGUUGGACCCUACAAUCGCACUGUAUUAUUCGGGGGAAAGAAUCCACCUCUAGAUAAGAAUGAUUCAAGGCUAAGACCAUUGCCAUUUCCUACUCGCAGAGCCACGUUUAGCGAAGUUAAGAGAGUUUAUGAUAUACUGAGCACUAUGGAGAUUUAUGGGUCCGCGGCUGACUUUACGGAUUCCUUUCCCAUCUCACCGCGCCAGCCUCUUAGGAAAAAGGUUCCAAAGAUCGAUGUUCUCGUUGAAGCACCCGAAAGUACAGAAAACAUGGAGUGCGAUUCCAGUGCUGCUAAUAAUUAUUACAGUCUCCAAGAUUAUGAUAAAAAUAAGACUACCGCACAAUUGUCGCCGGAAAGGCAACCGAGAAAUUCACGUUCGCAUAUAGAUAGAGCAAAGCCAAGAAAAAGCCCGUGCCGACCCUUGCCAGACAUUGUCGCCAAAUUAGCACAGUCGUCUUCCGAAUCGGAGUUAGACGGCCAAUUAGGUAAUGCUAACAUCCCAAUGGACGUUAUGCUAGUCGAACAGGAAUUAGAAGUAGACUUCCGUGAGCAUUUGCUCGCGUUCCAAGACACCGUGCCAAGAUACAUGAAAAAUAAGAAGUCGCGUCGUCAGAGAAAGAAAUCGAAAAAAGAUGAUAACAGCAUGAACGAGGUUCUGGUUAGUGCAAAACUGAAACUGUGGUCGGCGUGCAAAUUGGGCGACAUUGAACUGUUGUCUACUGUUAUCGACGGAUUGUUGACGGAGAUGGAGAAAAGUGUGGAGGCAGAGGAACAGAAUAAAGAAGUAGGAAUCAUUGAAGACAAUACUAUUGUAAACAUGGAGGACGUAACAAAACUUGUAAAUGAUUCGAACGAAGACGGCAAUACGAUGUUGCACUUGGCGGCAUCCGGCGGACAUUUAAAAUUAGUCUGGCAAUUACUGGAGAUCGGAUCGGAUCCGUGUAACAAGAAUAAGAAAUUACAGACCCCGUACGCAGCUGCGGGCGACAAGGAAACUAGAAAUACAUUUAGAAGAUUCAUGGGUGCCAAUCCUGAUAAAUACAAUUAUUCUAAGUCUCAAAUACCCGGGCCACUUACCGAUGAAAUAGAGCAAGAAGAAUUGGAAAGGAAAAGGCAACAGAGGAAGGUGAAACGGGAAAAAGAAAGAGCGAAAAGGAAAGAGUUCGAGCUGAAGAAGCAAGAGGAAGACACGAAACAGAGAUUCCUCAGUCUUAGCGAUAGAGAGAAAAGAGCUUUGUCCGCCGAGCAACGGAUUCUGAAGCAAGGCUGUACAAUGAUUUCACGAUGCUUUCAGUGUGCAGUGAAUAUGGCUGGUCAGGUGCCUUUCGAGUACAAUUACAAUCGUUUCUGUUCUAUGCCAUGUCUGAGGGAGCAUCGUCUUCGCAACAAAGUUGAUACUUGAUGCUGUGUCAUGUUUUGUAACUACAAUUUUCUCGUAAUCGUGUUAGCUAAUCGGAUCUUUCCAAUGGGUACAAAUUAUGAUAACGUCGUAAUUGUAACGUGGCUAGAUUGAAUUAUACAAAUAAUUUUCAUCGGUAAGAGAACAGUGCGAAUAAAAUCAAAAUACAAUCAAACAAUUGUGACAUAACGAAAUACACGAAGGACAUGUGUCUCGAUCAUCGUUGCUUCUUUCAUCAUUACUUUCUUUUUCUACCGCGAGGGAAAAACUGAUACGCGGGGUACUAUUUUUUUUGUAUUUUGUUUCUUCAACCGAUAAAUUAAUCGUAAGAGACCAGCAGUGUACAAACAACCCGUGCUUCUUAAAAAUUAAAUACACUUUAUAUACUUCUCGUGUCGAUUACAUUUUAAUAUAUAUAUAACUUUCUUUUACCGUAUAUUAAAUGACAUACAUAAAGAACUAACAUUUUUGUACGCUAAUAUUGAACAGUAACUAAGAUUCACACUCUUAUCCACAAUAAUACAUUCAUACCACCGUUUCACGACAUUACAACAUACAAUGUUGCGAUGACUGUAUCCUGCUGUUGUAACAUCAUAACGUUCAAGUAUAUGUGUAUAUCAUUAUACAAUAAUUAAUAAUCAUGCGAGAAGCAAGUCUUUGAGAGUAUAAUUUUAUGGGAACACAAAGUUUCCUUUCUUUCUUUGUUUCUUGUAUCCAGGAUGAUCAAAAUUACGACACCGAGUAUUUAAUCGACUGUGCGAUCUUUUGAUGAUGAUAUUUUAUGAAAGAUAAUCCAAUAAAUUUCGUAAAAAAAUUCA